AUUAUAUUUAAGAUGUUCAGCCUCAAAAGAGUAUUAAAUAAAACCCCUACAAUGGGAAAAAUGUGGGCCAUCAGAAGAUUCUCAAGGGAGGUCUCCCUCUUUGGAACUGUAGCUACUGCUGCCGAUGUUCCAGCUAGAGAGAUCAUGAACCAUUUAGACCAAACUCGUGAAUUCAUUAGAAUCAGCGAAGCAAAGUUUGCUGAAUAUAAUGCUAAUGCUAUGGAAGAAUAUGACCAAAUGAUCCAAAACCAAAUUAAUGCCAUUGUUGCUAGGAACGGUAUUGAUGAAUGGGAGCUUGCUGAAGAUAACGGGUUCCUUAGGAAGACAUUUACUUUUGCUACUCCAGAGACCGCUCAUUACUUCAUGAACGAGGUCUCAAAAGUGUGCUCUAAGAGUGAUCAUCACCCUGAAUGGAAAUUAGUUAGCGAUAGAGCUAUUGAGGUCCACUUGACUUCUCACUUCGCUGGAAACAAAGUGUCUAUUAAUGACUAUGAAUUAGCAGAAGCAAUGAAUAAGAUUGAAAAGACUUCCCAGUCAUAUAAUCAUUAUAGUUACUUCACAACUAGCAAAAUCAUUGAAUAUAUUAUCGGAUUUGUCCUUGUUGGAUUCGCUAUCAGAGGUAUCAAACCAAGAUACCCUGAGGUUCAGGUUGAAGGAAGGGAUAUACAUUCUCUCGAAUACACAGAGAACUUCACCAACGCAAAGGUUGACCAACAAUUAGAUAAGUAUUCUCUCGAAGAGAUCAAGGGAAAAAUUCUUCAAUAAUCAUAAUAUUCAACAUUGAUUUUAA